GUGUGUUUACGAUUCUACUGAAAAAUUUAACAUGUAACAGGCUGUCCAAUUUAUAGGGUAUACAGUGUGAUAUAAAAUCACACUGUUCGGAGUGGAUUUUAAUUUCGCGCACAAUUUUUCAACUUUCUUAACUAACAUUACUGGUGACAGUUGUAAUAUUGUUAUACAAAUGUUAUUUAGAUCGGAUACUAAUCCUAUUGUAUUAAGCAUUUUAUUGUUGCAUAUAUCAUUAUUAUUGUUGUAUGUGGUAGUCUUUACUGAUGGUCAACAUGUGAAACACGAAGAAUAUACAUGUCCUUAUCUAUGGAUGCAAUGGAAACAAAGACGUACACUUGGUUGGAUAUGCGGUUCUGUACCAUUUCUACAAACAAAUGUUCCUGGCAUAAAAUUUGAAUACGACUGUUGUCCUGGCUAUGAAAAAACAAAAUUUUUAGAUAACAAAUGUGCUUUUGUCGAUCGAUCGUGGCAAAACAUUAUAACUCAACUUAGAGAAAGCAAGUAUUUACAAACAGCUCAAGCGUUAGCAAAAGACGAAAAACUAAAGGAUUUAUCUGCCAGCCCAGCUAACGGUGUUUAUACAGUAUUUGUUCCACAGCAAGAUGAUGAUAUCAUGUCGAAAGAAAUGGAUUAUGUCAGCAAUACAGAUGCUGUUGCUGGAAUGGUUUCUUCUGGAAGAUGGUAUUCGAAAGGCUUUCGUAAUGGACAAAAGAUACCAACACAGAAAGGUACUUUUAUAAAAGUGACAACAUAUUCAACUGGAUUAACCUUUUUGGAUUGUAAAGUAUUACUCAGUCCAGAUCAUGAAGCAUCAAAUGGUUUAAUUCAUCAAAUCGAUGGAGCUUUACCACCCACUUAUAAACACCCAACAGUUUUGAAGCGUUUAAACGCGGAACCUGAUCUAUCAGCAUUUGUUCAAAGUUUACCUAGUGAUUUAAAGAGGAAACUGGAUGAACCGGAUUCAGAUGAAUGGUACACAGUGUUUGCUGUACCAAACAAUGUUUGGAAUCAAAUGACAUCGGGUAUUAGUUCAUCGGAAGCUAAAGAGGCUUUAGCCCGUCAACAUGUCAUGGAGAAAAUGCUUUGCUCUGAUGCUAUUGUUCAGAAUACUAAACGUAUUGGUCCAACACUCACAGAUACACAUUUUAGUAUUCAACGUAAAUCUGAUGGGAAUUUAAUUAUCACGGAUGUAUGCAAUAAACAGAUACCUAUUCAACGUAAAGAUGUUAUGUCUGGAACUGGUGUAAUACACGUGAUUGAAAGUCCAAUAAGCAGUUUAGAAUGUAAGUUAUAUUGUUGGGGCAAUUUUGCCUUUCGUGUUGUGAUCUUUGGAAAGCUUUGA